CAUGGUCCCGGAGAAGGGGCGCGGCUGGACGGAAAGCCGGCCAAUAGCGACGAGGCCAGGGUGGGCGAGGGCGGGGCCGAGAGCCUGGCGGGCCAAUGGCGGCGGCGGAGAGGCGGGCCCCGAGAAGCAAGCGGGUUCGGGUGUCUCCCGGCUCCAGCCCUCGUUGCCGCUGCCGCCGCCGCCGCCGCCGCUUUACACCAUGGGCAACGUCCUGGCUGCCAGCUCUCCGGCACCCCCUCCUACAGUAUCGGGCCCAGGUUCGGGCUUAGUAUCGGUACCGCCGGGUUUCACCAUGCCUCCUGUCACCGGAUUGGUUCCGCCCGUGCAAGAUCGCAGUGCAGAAGAAAAAUGCGACCAGCUCCCUAACCCCGGCACUUUUGAGGAAUGUCAUCGGAAAUGCAAAGAAUUGUUUCCUAUCCAAAUGGAGGGGGUGAAAUUAACGGUAAACAAAGGUCUCAGCAAUCACUUUCAGGUCAAUCAUACGGUGGCGCUCAGCACAGUCGGGGACUCCAAUUAUCACUUCGGGGCGACGUAUGUCGGGACAAAGCAACUAAGCCCCACAGAGGCCUUCCCGGUGCUGGUGGGUGACAUGGACAACAGCGGCAGCCUUAAUGCACAGAUUAUCCACCAGCUCACAAAUAAAAUUCGGUCAAAGGUGGCUUUUCAGACGCAGCAGGCCAAAUUUGUGAACUGGCAAGUGGACAGCGAAUACCGAGGUACAGACUUCACCGCUGCCGUCACGCUAGGGAACCCCGACGUUUUAGUAGGCUCAGGGAUCCUAGUGGCACAUUACCUGCAGAGCAUCACGCCGUGCCUGGCGCUGGGCGGAGAGCUGGUGUACCAUCGACGGGCAGGCGAAGAGGGGACCGUCAUGUCUUUGGCUGGAAAAUACACAGCGCCAAACUGGGUCGCAACACUGACAGUAGGACAGGCUGGAGCCCACGCCACCUAUUACCACAAAGCCAGCGACCAGUUGCAGGUAGGGGUGGAAUUCGAAGCCAGCACUCGCAUGCAAGACACCAGCGCAACCUUUGGGUACCAGCUGGAUUUACCCAAAGCCAACCUUCUUUUCAAAGGCUCCAUCGACAGCAACUGGAUCGUGGGCGCCGCUUUGGAAAAAAAGCUGAUCCCAUUGCCCCUAACACUAGCCAUGGGCGCCUUCCUCAACCACCGCAAGAACAAAUUCCAGUGCGGCUUUGGCCUGACCAUUGGUUAAACUGCCAUUCUCCUCCUCCUUCUUCCUCCUCCUCCCCCUCUUCCUCUUCUUCACCACCUUCAGUGCAGUUCGUGCCCCCCCACCCCCCCGUUUUCCUCCCGCCCGCAUCCUUGUCUAGCCAGAGGUAGCCCUUGGUGGGGCAGGAAGGGAAGGGAGGCCGUCUGGGGAGUGGAGAGCAGGAAGGAUGCCUUCCGCCUCCCACCCACAAGGAGUGGCUGGAACUGGAGGUCUGGGGGGGGGGGGACUUUGGCCCAAAAUACGGUUCACAAGAUCUAUGGGGCAAUGCUUGGCUGCCUCCUGCCACCAGGGGGCGCUCUAGCAUCGGGAAUGUGGAAAGGUGUCCUUUCCCAGAGAUGGGGGUGCCAGAGGUCUCAGGUUGAGGGGAGCUUAGCCCCCUCCCCUCCCACCCACCCUCCUAUUUCCCAUUUCCCCCCCUCCCAUUUCCCCCCCUCCAUCCAGGAAGGAGAGAGAGAGAGAGAACUUGGACGGUUUUCCAAAGAGAAAAAUCCAUCGGACCUGCGGUUUUUUUUUUUAAAAAAACUUCCGUUCCCUAACAGAACCUUCCCUUGUUUUUUGUCUAUUGAGGAUAAUUUUUUGCGGGUUGGGGGAGGGGGGUGUUUGCCAAAAGAUGAAGUGCAAUCGUGAUAUUGUCGGGCCUGUUUUGUGGGCCCCUGGUUGCACCCUCCUUCCCUGCCUCCCUGUUGGGUUUGCCAAAAGGUAUAAACAGCAAUUGUGGUUUUCUCAGGCCUAUUUUGGGGACACCCACCCUCCCUCCCUUCCUUCCUUCCCUCUUCAAAAUCCUUCCUCCCUUCUUUCCUCCCUCCCUCCCUCCUGUUGAGUUUGCCAAAAGGUAAACAGCAAUUGUGAUUUUCUCAGGCCUGUUUUGGGGGCACCCUUCCUUCCUUUCUCCUUCCUUCCUUCCUUCCUUCCUUCCUUCCUUCCUUCCUUCCUUCCUUCCUUCCUUCCUUCCUUCCUUCCUUCCUUCCCUCUUCAAAAUCCUCCCUUUUUUCCUCCCUCCCUCCUUCCUGUUGAAUUUGCCAAAAGGUAAACGGCAAUUGUGGUUUUCUCAGGCCUAUUUUGGGGGCACCAAAAUAGUGUCUAUUCCCCUUCCUUCCUUCCUUCCUUCCUUUCUCCUUCCUUCCUUCCUUCCUUCCUUAAGUUGUGCAGGAGCUGCCGUUGUCUCUCUGCAUUUGCUGGAUGUACGAAAACAGUGUUUCUCCGACCUUCCCCCCCACCCCCGAUACAAGCAUCCCUCUUCAGUUGAAGCCUCUGUCCUGUGCAUGAAAGAGCUUUAAGGGACCACCGGAGCAAGAGAGCGCGAGAGAGCUGCCUUGCCUGCUGUCACUCCCAGGCCCUACGGCGUUUGUGGGGGAAAUGUCUGCACUGCCCCUUCCCUCCCGCCACCAGAGACUGCGUGUAAAUCAUGUUUAUAAGUUAUGGGCCGGGGGUGGGGUGGGGGCAAAAAAAAAAAAAAGGAUCUUUUACAAAUGGAAAACAAAACAACCUCAAAAGAGGAGCUGCCGCCUUCCUCUGCAAAGUUCAGAAUAUCUGGUUUCAAUAAAACCCAUCUACAACG